AUGAAACCAACAACAACCAAAAUUUCACUAUUUCUCGUUCUCUGCUUGUUGUUUGUGUGUGCGUUGACUCUAAUGCCAAACGUCAAUGCGACCACCAGCGAAUGCAGAUACCCAGCAGGAUCCGUCAACAACAAGCGUAAAGGAACAGUCCUUUCACAUGAUGAAAUUGAAGAAAUUGUGGAAGGUCACAUUCUCUCUCGAAUUGCUCUCGAAGAGGAUGAUGAAAAUGCUCUCACUGAAGAAGAUUUGGCUAUUUUGAGUGAACAUGCUGAAACAUUGAGUGAACAUCCGGUCUUGUUCCGUCGGUUCCGUCGAUUCUUCAGACGUGUUGGACGAGUCUUUAGAAGAAUUGGAAGAUUUAUUGGAAGAGUUUUGAAAGGAGUUUUUAAGUUAUUUGGAUUUUCUCGCAAGGCAAAGAAAAUCAUUGAAGACUCACCCAAAGAUUGGAAUGGAGCUACUGGACCAACCGAACUCAAAAAAAAGAAUCAACUUCCAUUCGUGGGUCACGUGGCCAAGACACCUUGUAUUGCUUGUCGUGUGAAUUGUAUGAAACAUUACAACGCUUUGGGAGGAUCUUUGUUCUCAAGUUGUAAGACUCAAUUUUAUUAUUAUGGAUGUCGACAAACUGCUCCAUGUUAUGAACCAACCACUGCAGAGGAUAGUGUCAUUGAAGGAAUGAUUGGAAUUUGUAUGUAUCGUAAUGGAUGUCAACUGGUUCCUCAAUGGGAACAAGUCGGUAGGAAUCUUAUGACCUUGCAACAAGUCAUUGGAAGAAUUAGACAGUCACAGGUGAGUGCAGAAUAA